AUGUUAUUAAGAAGGAGAACUCGUCGAGUCUUUGCUAAACUCGGCGAGUAUAAUCGGGUAGGGAGCAAAAGAGAAGAUAGGGACUCGACGAGUUGGCGGCCCAACUCGGCGAGUCAGUCGGGGAGUUGCCGGAGCAGCUGUCAGACGUUUCCCGCUCAGUUUUUUCAGCAGUCGACUUCACGAGGUGAGUUUCCUUCCAGUAGGAACGGUUCUACGGCCACAAUGCCAGCCCGUUUAAAUAGCAGUAGUUCCGGACUGCGGUCCGAUGCCGGGGUGGUCUCGAGAAGUAGUUCAGUUAUGUUAUGUUCAGUCAGUUCCGGACUUCAUUUCGAUGCAGAGGGCAAGGCCCUAGUCAGUUCCGGACUUCGGUCUGAUGCAGAGGGCAAGGCCCUAGUCAGUUCCGGACUUCGGUCCGAUGCAGAGGGCAAAGGCCCUAGUCAGUUCCGUAAUUCGGUCCGAUGCAUAGGGAAAGGCCCUAGUUAG